AUAAAGGGGACAGAGAGACCGAAAGGGCUGGGGGCGGAGUAGCGGCCUCAAGAAUUCAAGCUUCCAGCCCGCCGCGCGAGCUUGCUAGUGCAGAUAGCGUGGGUGUGCCCCUUAUCUGCAUUCCACGGAGCGAGGCCUCACGGCCUCUACAUUCUCCUCCCUCAUUUUCUCUUGUUCCUCCAUAUCUCGUGGAUGAGUCCUGGCCCCUGACGAAGACCUUACUGUUCCACCAGCACAUAAGCGCGCUCUGCCUUAGUUUCCCCUAAAUCAGUGAGUGGCCGGGGGGUGGAACGCGGAACUCGUGGGACUUCUGGAGCUCAGGGUACCUCUCGAUCUGCCUUCCCGUAUCGCGCCCUUUUCCCAGGUUUCCCAAUGGUCCGGACCGUGGUCGUGCUUGGCGGAGGCAUCAGCGGCUUGGCUGCCUGUUACCAUCUGAGCCGAGCCCCCUGUCCCCCGAAGGUGGUCCUAGUGGAGGCCAGCAAGCGAUUAGGAGGCUGGAUCCGCUCAGUUCGAGGGCCCGAUGGUGCUAUCUUUGAACUUGGCCCUCGGGGAAUUCGGCCUGCUGGAGCCCUAGGAGCCCGGACCCUUCUCCUGGUUUCAGAGCUUGGCUUGGACUCAGAAGUGUUGCCUGUCCGAGGAGACCACCCAGCUGCCCGGAACAGGUUCCUGUAUGUAGGUGGUGCCCUGCACCCCCUUCCCAGCGGUCUCAGGGGAAUACUCCGCCCUUCACCUCCCUUCUCCAAACCUCUGUUUUGGGCUGGAUUAAGAGAGUUGAUGAAGCCCAGGGGCAAAGAGCCUGAUGAGACUGUACACAGUUUUGCCCAGCGCCGUCUUGGACCUGAGGUGGCGUCUCUAGCCAUGGACAGUCUCUGCCGUGGAGUGUUUGCAGGCAACAGCCGUGAGCUCAGCAUCAGGUCCUGCUUUCCCAGUCUCUUCCAAGCUGAGCAAACCCAUCGUUCCAUAUUAUUGGGGCUGCUGCUGGGGGCAGAGCAGAGCCCACAGCCAGACUCAGCACUUAUUCGCCAGGCCCGGGCUGAGCGCUGGAGCCAGUGGUCACUCCGUGGAGGGCUGGAGAUGUUGCCCCAGGCUCUUGACACCCACCUGACUAGUAGAGGGGUCAGUGUGCUUAGAGGACAGCCAGUCUGUGGGCUCAGCCUCCAGGCAAAAGGGCAAUGGAAGGUGUCUCUAGGGGACAGCAGUCUGGAGGCUGACCACAUUAUUAGUGCCAUUCCAGCUCCAGUGCUCAGUAAGCUGCUCCCUGCUGAGGCUGCACCUCUGGCUCAGAUCCUAAGUACCAUUACUGCGGUGUCGGUAGCUGUGGUAAACCUGCAGUACCGAGGAGCAUGUCUGCCUGUUCAGGGAUUUGGACAUUUGGUGCCAUCCUUGGAAGACUCAAGUGUCCUGGGAAUCGUAUAUGACUCAGUUGCUUUCCCUGAGCAGGAUGGGAGCCCCCCUGGCCUCAGAGUGACUGUGAUGUUGGGAGGUUCCUGGUUACAGACGUUGGAGGCUAGUGGCCAUGUCUUAUCUCAGGAGCUGUUCCAACAACAGGCACAGGAAGCAGUUGCCACACAAUUAGGACUGAAGGAGUCACCAAGUCACUGCUUGGUCCAUCUACACAAGAACUGCAUCCCCCAGUAUAAACUAGGCCACUGGCAAAAGCUGGAAUCAGCUAUGCAAUUCCUCACUGCUCAAAAGUUGCCCCUGACUCUGGCUGGCGCCUCCUACGAGGGGGUUGCUGUUAAUGACUGUAUAGAGAGUGGGCGCCAGGCAGCAGUCACUGUCCUGGGCACUGAACCUAGCAGCUGAUCUCCACUCCCACUCAUGAAAAUAAAAGUUGCUGGAGCUUA